AUGAAAGUCACGGUUACCACGCUCAACGACGAAAUUUUCGUCCUCGAUGUCUCAGAAGAUUUGGAAUUGGAGAAUUUCAAAGCAUUUUGUGAAAUAGAGUCUGGAUUUCCGGCCAAGGAUUUCAUACUGAAUUUCAAUGGGAAGCCGCUGUUCGAGGAUCAAAUGACUCUCAGAGAGCAUGGCGUACGAGAUGGAGACGUCAUUGUUCUGCUUCACAUGUUGCCAUCUGCAUCCAAUCUCAGCGUUAAUGAUGCCAGUCAAGGAUUACCCACAGGAUUAGCUAAUCUUGACUUCAGUAGCAUCCAAGUUCCGCUAGGCGCGAGUACAUCCAUGGCUGCAAGAAACCCACAUGUAGAAGAAGAUCCACGUCUCAUAAGAGAGAUGUUUUUAGCCAAUCCUGAGCAGCUCGCACUGCUGAAACAAAACAACCCCAGAUUGGCUGAUGCAUUGCUCAGUGGAAACCUGGAUACAUUUGCUUCUGUUCUUCGGGAACAAAUUUCGGCUAGGACUGAGCGCCAACAACAAAGAAUCAGGUAUUCCACUGAAGUUGGCAUAAGCAAGAUGAUGAAUUCCGAUCCAUUUGAUACAGAGGCGCAACGAAUGAUUGCUGAAGAAAUUCGGCAAAAAAAUAUUGAGGCCAAUAUGGAAGCAGCUAUGGAAUACAACCCAGAAACGUUUGGAACAGUUGUCAUGUUGUAUAUUAACUGUCAUGUUAAUGGAUUUCCUGUCAAAGCAUUUAUUGAUUCUGGUGCACAAACUACCAUAAUGUCUGCAGCAUGUGCCGAAAGAUGCAACAUCAUGCGCCUUGUUGACACCAGAUGGGCAGGAAUUGCAAAAGGUGUGGGUGUCCAACGUAUCAUUGGUCGUAUUCAUAUGGUGCAGAUGAGAAUUGAGAAAGAUUUUCUAACAACAUCAUUCUCAGUGUUGGAAGAACAGCCAAUGGAUAUGCUUCUUGGCUUAGACAUGUUGAAAAGGCAUCAGUGCAACAUUGACUUGAAAAGAAAUGUUUUGCGUAUUGGAACUACUGGCACUGAGACACCAUUUCUGCCUGAAUCUGAACUACCAGAAUGUGCUCGUUUAUCUGGCUACUCUGAAGAUGAAAUUGUCAACCAGUCCUUGCGCGAUCAUGAGGAACGCCAAAUGAAAGAAGCUAUGGAUAAAUCAAAACAAGAUUCAGGAAAAAAUCAAGGCUCGAGACCCACGACCAGCGCCCAGACACCUAUGAAUGUGGACCAACCCCAACAUCAACGAAUUGGUCUUAGCAACCCAAGGAUGACAAUACUUCCAACUGAUUUAUUCAAUGAAGCUGAUGUAGAAGAUAUUGUGAAUCUUGGAUUUACCAGGGAACAGGCUAUUGUGGAGCUAAGAAGAUUCCAAGGUGAUAAAACACAGGCUAAGGUGGCACUUUUGGCUAAGUCUCUUAAAUUU